UAGUUCAGUUCGAAACGGCCGACGAAGCGGACGCGUCGCUAAAAGAUCACGCAUAUAUACAUAUAUACAUAUAUGUGGUAGAUGGUAAAGAAAAGCAGUUAAAAAAGUUAAGAAAGCGAGCAAAGAACGAUCAACUCUCUCCCGCGGCGGCUCUCUAUCUCUCACGCGCUCUGCCUCUCUCCGUCGUUGGAUUUCUUUGCGCCUGCGCAACGGUCAAUCUUGGUCUUUACUCUCCCCGCUCUCUCUCGCGCUCUGCCGCAAAAGUGAAAAUAUUUGGAGAAAUUUCUUGGGAAGAAGCAGAAUUUCGGUCUGGAGUUUUUUAGUGUGUCAGAAGUGGGCAUUGGUAUCGGUAUCAUCGUAUCUGGCCUUGCCUGAAGUGUCAACAACGAAAUAAAGUAUCGUCUACGAAUAUAGUUUUCCGUUCUGUCGUACUCAGUUUUUUUCCAAGCGAACGACCUCUAAAACCCCCGCAAGUGCUUAAGUUCCGAUAUAACUCGAGACCAUAACAAACGAAUUCGCAAGCCCCAAUGUCAAUGACCUAAAUUCGGGGUUUCUCGGAAAAACCAAGUGGGAAAAAUCAAAUCAAGUCAAUGCAAACACGAGUUGCCGCAGCAUCUUCAGCGUCUUCUAUAAAAGCCAAUAGCGUCGGCUAUAAGUUUGUCUGACAAUUCAGCAGUGCACUCAAGCCUGGAAUUUGUCAUAAAUCGGUCUUGUUCACCCCACCCAAGCCACAGGAUACACCUGAGGACGACUAACCACUCUCCUGCUGAAUUCUUUUUGUACAAAACCCAAAGCAACCUCCAGGACAAGCGACUAAUGGAAACAUGGACAGACGUUCAUCGGCGACAGAAGGAAUUUCAACUAGCUUUUCGAAGGACUUAAUUGCAUAAAUUUAUAAGCACUAUUCAGCAGCUUCCAAAUAGGGAAAAUCAGAGAAACUAACUUCCAAACCGAAAGGAUUAUAAGGGAAAACUGCCCUUGGCAACUCGAGCGCACACUGCAAAUGACAAAGAACUGCUUCCUACUUUAAAUUAAGCGCAGGAUCCGUACCGCAGGAUAUAGAAAAAAGCACACAAAACAAAAACAAAACAAAACAAAAGAAAAAAAAAGAACACAAGCCAGGCAACAAACAAUCGAACAUGUCACACGCGGCAGCCAACAACAAAACGGAAACGGAAGCAGCCACAAACAGCAGCCUCAAACAGUCGCCCCCCCAGCCCGCAAAUAGUCACGAUGCCAAGCUGCUCAACGGCACCUUGGCCCGCACCAACGGACUAACCCAUGCCGCCAGCGCGGCCGUCAACUCCUCCUCCUCCGGCUACGGCAGUUCGAGUGCGGCCGGAUCCGGCGCGGGCUCCGGCGGAGCCACCUCCUCCGCAUCCUCAGCGGCAGUCGGACCGGGACCACCCUCCACGGCCCUGCCCUUGCCGCCGAGCAGCAAUGGCCUCCAGAUGCCGUACGAGCGGUUCCGGGCGGACGACUCCAGCUACGUGCCCAUCGGCCAGUUCUACGCGGGUCGCAGCGUCUUCAUCACAGGCGGCACUGGCUUCAUGGGAAAGGUGCUGGUGGAGAAGUUGCUGCGCUCAUGUCCGGACAUAAGGAAUAUAUAUCUACUGAUACGACCGAAACGCGGUCAAGAAGUGUCGGCACGUCUCACGGAACUACUAAAUGCACCGCUUUUCGAAUCACUGCGUCAGGAGAAGCCCAAGGAGCUCAGCAAAGUCAUACCCAUUUCGGGCGACAUAACUUCCGAGGAAUUGGGCAUUUCAGAAAAAGAUCAGAACCUACUGUGUCGCAAUGUUUCCGUUGUCUUUCAUUCGGCUGCCACUGUGAAAUUCGACGAGAAGCUCAAACUGUCUGUCACAAUCAAUAUGCUGGGCACGAAACGUCUCGUCGAGCUCUGCCAUCGCAUGCUGUCACUGGACGCACUUAUCCAUGUAUCCACUGCCUAUUGCAAUUGCGAUAGAACCGAUGUGUCUGAGGUUAUCUACGCACCGCCCUACAAUCCCGACGAUAUCAUUUCACUAAUCAACUGGCUUCCGGAGGAUAUACUCGAUCAGCUGACACCGCGCCUGAUUGGCAAGCGUCCUAAUACGUACACAUUUACAAAAGCCUUAGCGGAGCAUAUGUUACUUAAGGAGGCUGGUAAUCUGCCCGUUGCCAUUGUGAGGCCAUCGAUUGUGACCGCCAGUCUGAAUGAGCCUUUUGCCGGAUGGGUGGACAACUUUAAUGGGCCAACGGGCCUGGUUUCGGCGCUGGCCAAGGGCAUGUUCCGCACGAUGAUGUGCGAGAAGAACUAUGUGGCCGAUAUGGUACCUGUCGAUAUUGUGAUUAACCUGAUGAUUGCCGCCGCCUGGCGCACAGCGACCCGCAAGUCCAACAACCUACUCAUCUACAAUUGUUGCACCGGCCAGCGUAAUCCCAUCAUCUGGUCGGAGUUUGUCAAACACGCCAUGACGAGUGUGCGCAAGCAUCCCCUGGAGGGCUGCCUGUGGUAUCCGACUGGCGACCUGCGCAUGAACCGCCCCAUGAACACGCUGAACUGUAUAGCCAAACACUUUCUACCGGCCUACAUUCUGGACGGAGUGGCAAGAAUCAUGGGCAAGAAACCAUUCGUUGUCAACGUACAAAACAAAAUUGCCAAAGCUGUGGAAUGCCUGGAGUACUUCGCCACACGCCAAUGGCGCUUCAAGGACGACAACGUCCACGCCCUGCUGAACACAUUGAGUCCCAAGGAUCGCGAGAUCUUCGUGUUCGACGUGCGCCACAUCAACUGGGACAAGUACGUGGAGCGCUAUGUCCUGGGAUUCAGGGAGUUCCUCUUCAAGCAGCGCCCCGAAUCGCUGCCGGCCAGCAGAAAGCGCAUGCUCAGGCUCUACUAUCUGCAUCAGCUGACCAAACUGGUGGCGGUGCUGCUCACCUGGCGCUUCCUGAUGUCGCGCUCCAAGCGCUUGAACGACUUGUGGAGCUCCUUUCUGGAGAACGCGCUGAAGAUUGCGCGCUUGAUACCCUUUUUGUAAUUGUAAUUGUAAUUAAGUGCCGAGGGCGAUGUCCUUGGGAUGUGGAAGCUUGGAGACAGCAACUGCGGACAUAUGUAUAUGCGCUGGGAUGAUCUGGCAGGAUCUGCGAUGUUCUUCUUUUCUUUGCGAUUUCUAAAUGCUUUAACAUGGCGUACAUUUUAGAGGUUUUUAGCAAAUAGUUAUAUUCAUAUUUUUUAUAUAUGUUACAAAUGAGUAAACAACCAGCAGACGCCACAACAGCAACAGCAACAACAACAACACAUCCAAAUAACCACGAGAAAAGGAGCAUCAGCUAACUAACAGAUUAAAACAUUGACAUUAAAGCAUGGGGUAAUUAAAUGGCAUCAUCACAUUUAUUCAGGUGCAAUGCAAAUAUAGGUCAGGUGUGAGAGGUGUCGGUUGUUGUCUCCAAUUAUCUCUCUCCUUCUGCGAGAUUGUACAAUUUUGUGAAAUAAUUUAAACGCGCAAGGAGAAACCCAAAGUAGAAGUGAAUACCACCUUUUUGCAUAAAGAGAUAGUAGGGGAUCGAAGGAAUUAAUGGGCGGAUUCAUCGACAAUGUGAAGCAACUUGCAUGAAUUAAUACAUCCAAAACUAUAUAAAAAAGGAAAUUUCGAAAAGACAAACAAAAGCGAUUAAUUCAGCAAUGAUUGGAGAAGAGAGGAUAAAUGAAAUUAAAAGAAAUGGCUUGUUAUUGCUUUAAAAAUUACAUAAAAGUAACGUGAACUAUGCUAAUUAAUUAAUAUUAAUUAUAAAUAUUAUUACGUAAUGAGCGAACAUUGCAUAUAAAUAAUACGACAACAAAAACCAACAUUAUUUAUAAUUGAAUGUAGUUUUAACAUUUUUACAUUUACAAUUAAGUUUUCAAUUUAUAUAAAAACAAAGCAGAAGGAUCGGAAUUAUAUACGACAGGAGACAAAAUUCAGAUAUACAAAAUUCAAUUUAUGUAUAUGUAUAUGAGAAAAAGCGAAAAUACAAGCAAGAAAACUACAAAAAAAUCAUAAUGAUAAUAAAUUAAUGAAAACAAAAAUUAUAUUUAUAUAUAAACAUCAGAAACAUAAUUUCUUAGCAUUUGCAGCCUAAAACCUAAAUCUAAGCGUAGCCAGAAAAAGAGUUUCCAAAAAAUACAACAAACAAACUAUGAAUGAAGUUUUUUGAGACAAACGCAAUUAGAGAAACAUGAUUAUGAAAUUUAUAUUUAAAUGCGAUAAAUUAAACACAAAAAGCCGAUACACACAAAGACACACACACAAAUACACACAGAAACCAAGACACAUAUAGUAAGAACAUUCCAUCCAGUCAGUAGGAAAUCGGGUCAUUAACCAAUUCUUCCUCCACUUUGGACUUUUGCUUCCCGUCUCGUUUAAUCGAUAUGGGCCAGGUAAUAUUGGCCGGGUAACGGUUGCGGCCAGGAUAUAGUUCGUUCUCGGGUUCGUUUUCGUGCAAUUAUUAAAUAUCUUAUGUUAUGCCUAGAAUUUAUUAUGUUUUAUUUCUAAAUCGAUUUGUAAAUUGCAGUGCAUCAAUAAAAUACACUUCCAAAAUAAUAAUACAAAUA